AUGGGCCGGGAGAAAUGGGAGGAAGGGAGGGGGUUUCACGGCAGGCACUGGCACACACUCCCAUAUCACCGAUUUCUCUCUGGGUUGGAACCUUACACAGAGCCUCUACACCGCCACGAUUUGGGACGGAUGUCCUUUGUCUGUGCUCAUUGUGGUGCUGCCCAUUGGUACCAGGAGCGCUUGGCCGCCUCUCCGAAAAACGGGCCACCAAAGUUUGCUUCCUGCUGUGCACAGAACCAGAUCCAACUGCCCCAGCUUCCUCGACCACCAUAUCCAUUGGACCGAUACCUCACAGAGCAAGACCCGGUCUCCCGAAAAUUCCGCGAGGACAUAUGGAAGUACAACCGCACAUUUUUGUUCACAUCACUCGGGGUCCAGCAAGACCAUAGCGUUAACCGAGGGAAUGGUCCACCUGUAUUCCGCAUCUCUGGCGAGCUUCAUCACAACAGUGGCGCUCUCAUGGCACCGGCCGGAAUGGUCCCACGGUAUUCACAGCUCUUCAUCCUUGAACCCAAUGCCUCAUUGACCAUCCGGCAACAACAAAACACGGACCUCAACAGCCACAUCCUCCAAGGGUACAAUGUCAACAAUGAUGUUUCUGUUCACCUUCGGUUGGACCCGCAGAUGGAUCGACGCCGGUACAACCUUCCUACUCACCCCGAGGUUGCCAUCAUCUUGCCCACCCAACACUCCACCCAACCUCACGAUAUCGUGCUUCGGCUUCAUCAUGGACCUCUUCAACAGAUCAGUGACCUGCAUCCGUCAUACCUCCCACUGCAGUACCCACUUUUGUAUCCCCAAGGCGAGAACGGCUGGCAUCCGGACCUGAAGCUGGUGGAGACGGAAGAGCAACAAUGGAACCGGCUGAAGAGGCUGCAUGCACAACGGGCAGAGAGAGAGGCGCGGGGUUUGGCUAUACCAGAGGCUACAAGGAGGGAGCGUAGGUUGACAUUGACUCGAUGGGCUGCGUACUACAUGCACUUCCGACUGGGCCAGUUCAACAUCCUCCAUCGUGCGGGAGGGCUGUUCAACCGGCUUAUUGUGGACAUGUACACUUCUGUAGACCAAAAUCGGCUCCGAUUCAUUAACUCCAAUCAAUCCACCAUCCGUGCUGCCCGCUUUAGCAACCUGACCGACGCUCAGCUGAAUGACCCUGACGAUGCCGAUGUGAACGAGAUUGGGAAAAGGGUCUUCCUUCCAUCUUCAUAUGUUGGUGGACCACACUUCAUGACACAGUGCUACCAAGACUCGAUGGUGAUUGUGGGUCACUACAAGAAGGUCGACAUCUUCCUCACUAUGACAACAAACCCGCACUGGCCAGAGAUCCUUCGUGAGCUUGAGCCUGGCCAGACAGCAUACGACCGGCCAGAUUUGGUGGCAAGGGUCUUUGAGAUGAAGCGAAAGGUGUUGGUUGAUUUUAUUGUGAAAACUGGGAUUUUUGGAAAGGUGGAUGCAUAUGUUUACACUAUCGAAUUCCAGAAGCGCGGUCUCCCCCAUAUGCACCUCCUCAUCUUCCUCAAAGCGUCCCACAAGCUUGCUACCCCUUCGGUCGUCGACUCUUGCAUCUCCGCCGAAUGGCCUGAUCCCACUACACAGCCUCUCCUUUUUGAGUCGGUCAAGCGGUCGAUGGUCCAUGGCCCUUGCGGCGCCUACAACCCAAGGUCGCCAUGCAUGGUCAAUGGCAAGUGUUCGAAAGGCUAUCCAAAGUCUUUCAAUGAAGUGAUGACCAUGGACGCCAAUGGAUACCCAAACUACAGACAUCGAGACGAUGGUCGUCCCUUUGAGGUCAAUAGACAUAUGGUCGACAACCGGUGGAUUGUACCUCACCCUCCGUCUCUCAUCGCCGACUUUGACUGCCACAUCAACAUGGAGUGCACGUAUAGCCUUGGGUCGGUAAAGUACACCUUCAAGUAUAUUCAGAAAGGUCCAGACAGGGGUGCGCUGGAGAUUGAGGAGAAGGAUGAAGUGAAGCAGUGGAUUGAUGGCAGAUACAUCUCGGCACCCGACGCAACUUGGCGAUUGUUUCGCUUCAAGAUCCACGACAAUAAGCCGACCGUUGUCCGCCUUCAGGUCCACCUUCCUGGCCACCACACUGUCAACUUCAAUCCGAACUCUCGCCUUGAGGAUAUCAUCCAGCGUGGCGCCACCAUCAUAACCUCUCUCACCACUUUCUUCAACACCAAUGCUGAUAGCGGCGCUUUAAGAAGAAUUGCGAGGCCGCUGACAUAUCCUGAGUUUCCGAGCCUAUUUGUGUUCAAUAAGAACCGAUGUGCAUGGACAAUUCGGAAGAAGUUUGCAAGGAUGUUGGAGCAGGAGGGCAACAAAGGAGGAGGAUUAGAGGAGGAGGGUCGGGCUGGAGGUAGUCAAGAGCAGAAUAGGGAAGAGGGGGAGGACGGGGAAGCCGGGGGGAGGAGGACAAGGAGGAGGAGGAUGGAUGUAUUACAUCAAGCCUACCGCCGGCAGCUUGGCUUUGAGAACCCGGUGGACAACCUCAUCUAUGACUAUGGGCUGUACCUCAUCGACACCAUUCUCGAACAGUCAGGCUACUCGCUUUCACACUGGCCAUCCAUGCCCCGAUGGACGGAGAACUGGAGAGAGAUUACAGAUAACCCCCUCAUUGCUGAACAAUGUCGUUACAACCAGGCCACCCUUCAACACGAGCUCCAACAACGGCACUUCAGUCACCCAUGGAUAGGGGUCUAA